AUCGACUUCCUGCCGUCCGCUUUGCCCUUAACAGCCAUGGUGGGCAUGAGCGUCCUGUCGUCUGCGGCUGCAUUUGCAGCAAGAUUGAAUGUAUUCAAAUCCGGGUUUUCGAAAGGGAAUUUUCUCUUCAGGACUGUCCCACGAAUAGAGAACGCCACUGUGCGAUAUGGGAGUCAUUCGAAACGGAUGUUUAUCAUCAAGCCUACCAGGUUCUAUGACUCGCGUUUCCUUCGUUCAUUGUACUUCUACACACUGUUAACUGGCAUUCCAGUCACUGUGAUCAUCACGUGUGUGAAUGUAUUUAUCGGGCAAGCGAAACUGGCAGAAAUCCCAGAAGACUAUGUCCCAGAACACUGGGAGUAUUACAAGCACCCCAUCACCCGGUGGAUCGUCCGGAACUUCUACGACCCGCCAGAGAAGGACUACGAGAAGAUGAUGGCUUUGAUCCAGAUUGAGGCGGAAAAGGCCGAGCUGAGGCUGAAGCAGCAGGAGGUGCGCAGGCACAUGCGCCAGAAGGGCGACGGGCCCUGGUUCCAGGUGGAGACCAUGGACAAGCAGCUGAUUGACUACUCCCACAAGGCCACGCCCGACAACUGAGGCAGCGCCGGCCUUCCGCGAGCCGCAGAGACCGCCGCCUGCUCGCCCGCUCGGCGGGGGCAUGCCAGUAAUUUAUCCCCUGUAUAUGUUUGUAUAAUAAUGCUCUGGCUUUAAAUAAAGCCUUUUCAAUGUUUCA